CCGCCUUGCACAUCACUUUCACGCUUUUACGGUGCUGCACGGAUGUGCGGGUGCUUGACGGCGGGUUUUUCAUGGGCCGUGAUGAUGGAGGAGGGGGAGGGGCGCGACGCACAGGAUGCAGAGAUUCUGAGGAAAUAAACGAGGAGAAGGCCGUGGAAUUGUGACCAGACAUCAGAAGCGACGAGGAGGAGGAGGAGGAGGAGGAGGAGAGCAGUCGUUGUUCAUCUGCACAGGAGCCCGGCAUCUUCCGCUAUGGGCUGCUGGCUCUCGGGACCGUGGGUGGGCGACGCAGCACAAAGUAGCGGGCGCAGCCUGGCACACCUGAGCCAACGGGACGCGCUGCGCAUCCUCUCAGCCAGUCAGCUCCCCGUCACCAUGCAGGUCAAAAGCCAGAGGGGCCGCGGCGGUGUGGAGGCGGACCCCCGGGGCACCUGGGAGGCCCUGCCCCUCAACCUGCAGCACCUCAACCUGCCCCUGCCCAGGAUGCCGGCGGGGCUCAACGCUCCCAGCCCUACCUAUCAGGACAGACAUUAUUUUGGCCACUUGUCUCUACCGCAAGAUCACUACGACGGAGGACACUACGGCUACCUGUCCAGCUCUCCAAUUGACACUGUGGACAUGAGCCACCAGGACCCGGAAGUGAGUGGCCGGCGAUCUAAGGGGCAGAACUGCCUGUUGGGAUGUUGCAACAUCAACCUCGAUGAGCCCAAAGGAUACCGCAGCCAGACGGACGAUGACGACUACAUGCCGGACAAGCCCAUGGGCUUCCUCCCCCUCCACCACGAGCUGGAUAGCGGCCUCGGCUGGACCGACGGGUCCCUCCACCAAGGUGACCUCUCCGGGCUGGAGACGGAGGAGGCCGGCUUGGAGGAUUGCCACUCCCACGGAGCCUUGGGCCCCGGCGGCUGCGGGGCCUUCGGACCCGGCGGCGGCGGCGGCUCGCCUUCCUCAGAGUCCUUCAUCUCGUCGGAACUCAGCGACUCGGGCUUCUACAGCACCGGCGAGUUCCGCCACUUCCAAAGGAUGCUGGAAAAGCGCAUGCGGCUGUACAACGCCAGGCUGCAGCACCAGGGAGAGACGUGCGAGAGGCGGGAGCGUCGUGACAGCUGCCCCAUGAGCCACCGCGAGCUGCUGGAGGCCAUCCCCGAGACGCUCACCAUGCAGCCCCCGUGUCAGCACAUGCAGAUGGGGAUGGAGGAGGCCGCCGGGUCCGUCUUGGACGUGCCGAACCGUGGACUUUUCAGGGUGUCAUCGGUCCAGUUCCACAAAGCCGACCGGCCCUGCCUGAACCGCCACAGCUCCAGCAGCGGGGCUCUCUUCAACCCCUCCCACGGCCACACGGUCGCGCCGCGACUGAGCGGCCCGGUCCUCUCCACCUGCAGUACGCCCUCCAGCCACCGGAGGCCGCUGGCUCCCGUGCAUCCGCCACCUCACCAGGGUUCCAGCUCGCUGGGGAUGCUGAGGAGAAGCCGUACCCUGCACCACCGCCCCCCGCAGCAAGAGUACCGGCGUAGGGCCAGCCACCCGGCCUCGCCCUCCUAUUGCGCUGCCACCCUGCACCACUGCGGAGGGGUCCCGCCUCAUGGCGUCCUGCAGCCGGGCCUGCCGGAGGAAAGCGAGAUGGGGGCGGACGUUAUGGCUUCCCCUCUCUCUGCGCAGCAGCACCCAGUGCACAUCCGGGUGCCCAGCACCCACGAGUUGCAUUACAACGCCGGCCCCAACGCCCACCACGACUGGUGGCAGCAAAUGAGCUUGAUGCCCGACCCGCUGGCGGCGGAGCGAGACGAGCAGAUGGAAAGGCAACAAAUGGAGAAAAGUCUGGAGAGGGAGGCGCAGAUUCAAGAGGAGCUGGAGCGAGAGAUGCAAAGGAGCCGAGCGGCCAGGGAGCAGCGGCACCUCCAGGGGGCGCUCCACCCCGCCCAGCCGGGGGACGUCAACGACACGUGGCCCAAGCCGGCGAGUCGCCAGUCCCAGGGUGGCGGCGGAGGAGCCCGAGGCCUUUACAGCACCCUCGAGGGCCACACAGGAGCAACCCCGACGACCAUUGCUCCGGAUUCAAAGAACGACCGAGCGGACGCUCAGCCGCCGACUUCCGCUCCGCAACCCAAAGCCGGCGCAACCUCCCGGGUGUCCAGGAACCAGCUGUUAAGGGAUCGUGCGUCGCAGCUGGCCGACGAGCGCAGCGGGAUGAGCACGGACGAAGAGACCAGCGCCGACAUGCUGCUGGGUCGCUACUGGAGCCGGACGGAGAGGAGAGAACACUUCCUGCUGGCCCGCGAGCAGAAGCAGCAGCAGGCCAGGGGAGGGGGGGCGUCCGGCUUGGGGUCCGGGCCGCCCCGCUCCCCCGUGCCCGACGCCCGGGUGGGCGGCGGGCUGAUGGACGCGCGCUGCAACACGGUGCUGGAGAUGAGCCAGAGGAAGCUGAGUCGUCUGAGGAACCGCAAGAUGUUGGACGACUGGACCACGGUGGAGGAGCUGCUGACUCACGGGACCAGACUGGACAGCCACGACCAGGCCAUGCUGUGCGCCAGCCCCCUGCUCACCGUCACCACCGUCUAGAAUGGGGAUUCUCAAACCCCCCACCCCCCCACUCCCCACUCUCACACACACACAGGGAAAACCUUUCCAAGGGACAGGAAUGAAAAAUUUACAUAGUUCCCCAGAAAAGAAAUGCUACCUUAUCAUGUCAGGAUGAAGUCCUCAUCCUCCGAGAAUACAUUUUUCAAGAUGAAAUAUUUUUUUGGGUGAAGUCACAGUUCAAGAGUGCAAUUCCUUCUUAUAAUAUUACACAUUUAAUUCCAUAAAAUUUAUCGUCUACUAAAAUGGGAAAACGUCCCCUCAAAAAAAAAAAA